AUGAAGGAGGAGGAAUCAAUAGUGGUUUUGGUUGAGGACGAAGACGUUCCUUCAUCGACGCUUCUGGAUCUCACGAGCUACCAGCUCCACGACCUUGACUUGGUCGAGUUGCCACCCUGCCUCACCGUGAAUCGCUUGUCCAUGCUGGACCUGCGCAUAGGGAACUCUCCCUUCUCCCUUCGCCAAAACCUCAUCACCAACGCUGUCGUUCUCCCUUUCUUUUCCCAGAACGGCCUCUCCACUCUCGAGAACAUUCCUGAUGUCGGCGUAUUUAAGAAGCUUCUUGUUUUCAAUGUUGCGUUCAACGAGAUUAGUUCGCUACACGGCUUUUCCAGGGUCUCUGAUACCCUCAAGGAACUCUACGUGUCCAAAAACGAAGUUGCCAAGAUUGAGGAGAUCGAGCACUUCCAUCAGCUGCAGCUUCUUGAACUUGGCUCCAAUAAAUUAUGGGUAAAUUGUCGUGAUGGGUUGAAGUAA